UGGCCCAUUCCAAUCCUUGUCGGAGUGGAAACACGGGGACCGACAGUCCUCUUUUUCUCCCUUCCCAUUUACCUCGUUGUGCUUUCUUUACUUUUACCCCGCUUUACUCUGUCUCUCUUUUCCCUCGGCAGACAACUUUUCCUCUCCCCUCCUUUCCGCUCAGCGUGAACGUUUUAAAACCCCCGUCUGGUUAUUUAUUUAUUUAUUAAUUCUUUUUUUAUCAAAAGGAAAAUAGACGUUAAUAUUUUUUUAGAUGUGCCACAAAUGAGAAGACGCAAAAGAUGGAGCUGCACAUUUUAGAGCACAGUCUGAAAGUAGCGAGCAUAGCGAAGGAGGGCAUUCAAAUUUGCACUCACGGAUUAAUCAAACUAGCUUUUCUGCCCUCUAAAACGAGAUGCAAGUUCUUUAGUUUAACGGAAACUCCGGAGGAUUAUACCAUCAUCGUGGAUGAAGAUGGCUUUAAAGAGCUGCCGGAGUCGGAGUAUCUAAGUGUGGCAGAUGCGACGUGGUUGGCUCUCAAUGUGGUGUCAGGGGGUGGGAGCGCCACCAGCUCUCAGCCAAUAGGAGUUACCAAAAUUGCAAAAUCGGUCAUCGCCCCGCUUGCCGACCACAACAUCUCUGUGUUCAUGUUAUCAACCUACCAAACUGAUUUUAUACUGGUUCGAGAGAGGGAUCUGCCCAUGGUCAUGCACACGCUGUCUGCUGAGUUCACUCUCCUGAGGGUUGUCAAUGGCGAAACGGUUGCUGCCAACAGUACUGGGGUCACCAAUGGUUUUGUCAAGCCUAAACUGGUUCCUCGGCCGAUCAUUCACCCUCUCUCAAGUCCCAGUAACAUGUUCUGUGUUACCAGUCUGGAUCCCGACACGCUGCCCUCGGUGGCCACUCUGCUUAUGGACGUCAUGUUCUACUCGGGCGGUGCAAAAGAGGCCGGGGGGCAGAGCGAGGAUUCUGGGCACAUCCGCUUCUUCUCGUUCUCGCUGAUCGAGGGCUACAUCUCUCUGGUCAUGGAUGAACAGACAACUCGGAGGUUUCCAAACAAUGUCCUUUUUACCAGCGCAUCAGGAGAACUUUGGAAAAUGGUUCGCAUUGGAGGACAGCCUUUAGGGUUUGAUGAAUGUGGCAUCGUGGCUCAAAUAUCUGAACCGCUGGCGACCGCUGACAUUCCAGCCUAUUAUAUCAGUACCUUCAAGUUCGAUCACGCCCUGGUUCCCGAGGAAAAUAUCCAGAGCGUGAUCGGAGCCUUGAGGACCAAUGAAAGCACAGGACAGUGAGACUCUGGGCGGGAGUCCCACAUCCCUGCGACCGUUUCGAUUUUUUACGAGUGAACUCUUAAAAGUGCCAAGUGCUUACCCGAGGACUGCUUCUGUGGGCGGUUACGGGAGAAGGAUCGGAAGAGGAAGGACACGAGAGCGAUUGUGUGACAUCACUUCCGGCAUCUACCUGCAAAAACAGUCCUCGUUCAACCCGAUCCCCGUCUACGGUUGAUACAGUGCUUUUCCUCUGCGCUUUUUUCCUCUCAUCCGACCCCUCCCUCCGUGAACCAUUUUUCCAUGGCAACACUGCCCGCUUAAGCCUGGACUUCAGAAUCUGAUUCCUAAGACGUUGCGAAUAACCAUUACGUAUUAGUGGCAGGUCCUUCUUGUGAAGGACAAAGAAUGUACUCAACUGUUUAUCGAGAUUUAUUGUUUUUCUUUCCUCCUUCCUGUUUUCCCUCGCAGUGCCAAGACCGACGGCCUAAACGGACUCCUUGCCUAAAUGUGUUUUUUUCCUGGGUGCAAUUUAAAGGUGAUGGUACAGAGUUUUUAUUGAAACGCUCCAGCAAUAUUGUCGAGUCACAAGUUCGGUUCGUGAAAGACCCUUUUUAUUCUCCCUUUUUUCCAUGUUUCUUUGGAAGCUUUGUUCAUUUCCCCCUUACCUAAAUCCUACAGUCACACUUCAAUGCUAAUGAAUUAGUUGUUGUUUUCGCAUUCAACGUACAAUCAAUCGUUAUGGCAGAAUUGGCUAGAUACUGGUAGAUACAGGUGAGGUGAAACCGUGCAUAAGUUCAGGUUAUUCGCACGAAAUCCACAAAUUGUGCAGUUUACUGUAUACUAUGUUUUUAAACGCCUCUUUUUCCCCACCCACGUUUUGGUUGCGUCCGUCUUUGCCACUACUUUUUUUUUGUAUUAGUCUCUUUAUCCACUGAGGAAACACACUACCGUUUGUUGAAUGUUUGUUAAGGUCACGUGUCACAGACACUGGCGUUAGUUUAGGCCUUCAAGCUCCCCUCGUCUGCACUUUAUGAAAGGUCUAUCUUGAAGAUCUUAACUAUUUUGAUGUGAAAUACCGGGGAUGAGUAUUUGUCUCCAUGAAGGAGUGUCUUUUAGAAGAGAUUCACUUGUUCUUUACACAUGGAUGGAUGGAUGUCUUUAUCCACAAGCUUUUCUUCUGUCAGCUCUGAAGCAGAAAUUUGCAGAAACAUGUAUUUAUCAGUGUUAAAAAAUUAAAAACAGGGGGUUACCUUUUCUUCUGACAAUUAAAGAUGUGAAAACCGUAUAUUUUUCAGCUUUGUUUGUGUUUAGGUUUGGAUUUCAAUUACGCUUUUUGCCCACUGUCUCUAAGAGUACAGAGGGGGUUUACACCAUGUGACUGCUACAUCAUGUGCCAUCGAUUAUUUCACAUAUCUGUGAUUUAGAAAAUGAUUGGGAUAUAAUCUAAAUCCUUUGAUUUAACCACCAAUAGAAAUGAUUUAAUACAUUUGAAGAAUUUGCAUUGAUUAGUAGUUUAGACAUUCAAGGUUUGUUUUAUAUCCCGUUAAACUUGCACAACAAUGGUGGGUGAAGUGUUUCCCUCAGAAUGAGGUAUGCGUGUAUGUAUGUUGCUUUAAAACUGGUAUAUAAUCUUGUGAUUAGAAACGCAGUUUAAAACGAAACAUGUACUUGAUUCUGAAGGAAUUUUAUUUUAAGUGGCUUUAAAGCAUUUUUAAACCAUUGGAUAAUCAAUUGUGAAUUAAAAAAUCUAUUAAAAGCAAUGAAAGUUGCUACAAAUA